CCAUCCUCAAGCUGCUUUCCUGCAAAGAUGAGCCUCUGCUGAUCUGGUGGGAUACCCUCCUUAUCCUGAAUCUUGGCCUUCACAUUGUCAAUGGUGUCGCUGCUCUCCACCUCCAGGGUGAUGGUCUUUCCAGUCAAGGUCUUGACAAAAAUCUGCAUCCCUCCCCUUAGACGCAGGACCAAGUGAAGGGUGGACUCCUUCUGGAUA